CAGAAGCCACCCCAAACGCACUUAGAAUAUGCGACGUGAAUAUCGAGGCAAGCAGACACGAGGUCGUCCAUACUUGAACGGGAUCAUCCUCUUAGAUACAAUUCCGUACUUCGAGGUAGAUGUAGAAUCCUGCUUUCUUUUAUUCGCCGGCAUAUCGUCUCAAUCUGUUCCCAGUGUUUUUUCAGAUGUAUAUCGACACCGCAUUUCGUGUGCGUUUCACCGAUCUAGGUGUCGUGUCCGAUAUCUUCCUCUGCAAGAUAAAGGUCAAAGGGACCUCACUUUUCAGAAAGAUUCGGCUCAGAUCGAGUGUAGCUUGGCUUUGCACGAGGUAAAUAGGUAGAAAAAAGUGCGUCCGCAAAUAUCAGAGCGUCACCAGCCAAGGGUACCGCUGCGGCGCCGUUGGUCACCUGGAAACUUGUACGGCGGGACACACAAGCCGAGUGCAAGGCGGGAUUAUACGAUGGAAGAAAUGUUGAAGAAGUUACAGAACAAGUACAAUGUUUCACAGGAUUCUCAGUUUCUGAAUCAACGCUUGCCUUUUUAGCUCUCGCUCUUGUAUAGAAGACUGCUUCUGCGUUUCGAAGGAGCGACAUCCGUCCUUGGAAUACCGCAAAGAUGGCCACCGUACGCUGACCACGCCCAUCGUUGCGACAACUUCGGCGUUGCUGUCCAUCACGUGGACUUCGGGCUACUUUGUAGUUAAUCUUGUUUGACAGUUACCCAUCUGCUGCCUACGGUUUCGAGCGAAACCAGUAUUGCGCCAGGGGAACGAAUGUGGGUCCUAUGGGGCUGAGGGCGCCCAGAAGCAGGUCGCUUGAUGUAGCUGGGAUGGAACAGAGCAGCGCCACACUUAUGUGUUCUCUGUGGAAGAAGAAGCUUUUGAGUCUCUUGUUUUGCCAGCGUUUAUAAUCCUUUUCUUUCCGGUUUACUAUGUGGCUCAGCUCUGGCGCGACAUCAAUGCUCGCAAAUAUGCGCCGGUCUACAACAUGUACAUCCGUCGCUGAGAACAUGAAAUGUUACUUUUUGUCCGCGAUCCGCGGUCGAUAAAUGUAGUUCGUUUUCCAGAGGACGCUCCCCUUUGGCGUGCGUUUCUUUCACCCAGCCUUAUCGGGUUUCCUCGAUGCAUUUUUCGAAUGUGACUCUGUUCGGGAGAAGCGAGCGCGCGUUCCCCUCCGUCGGUUUUUCCAGUUCUUUGAGGGGGAAGGCUCCUCACAGGAAAUAGUUGUUCCCUGUCGUUCUACGACGCAGUUGCAUUUGCUGUCAGUAUGCCGCUAAAUACGGACGAUGGGAGUUUUGAGGCGGUGAUUCGGUGUUCAUUUAUCUAGAUAUACCAAGGUACGCAUCCCCCUCUACUGGUGCCGCGGCCGGUUUACUUUAGCAAAGCCUUGUUUCACAGUGGGUAUCAUGUCCGUUUCUCGAUGAUUUUUCUGGUUUCUUUCGUAUUCUUUCGCACGAUACCAUCGCAUCGGGUCCGUGAAUCGCAGGAGAAAGGCGCAUUUUUCUCCUUUCCAGCUGUAGCCUCGUUGGACUGGUGCCUCCGGUGCAGCGCGUCGGCGUUUUCUGACAAAUGGCUUAACCGCAAUGAUGCAGUCUAGUUUUCCUGUGUUGUAGCGGCAUGUGUUCGUAUCUCCACGCGCUACCCUGUACCUUGCCACGCUAGUUCCAUCAUGGCCGCCCAUGUUAUUUUAAGGCGGAGAGGACACCCUCACGGCUGGUUUUUUUUCUUACCAAAAACUAAGUCGGUUUCCCUUUCAUCUCCUUCCACAUCCCCCCUUAUCUGCUACGGUGAACCGUGUUCCUUUCCUCGUUUUCCUUGCUCCCUUUUCUCUACUCGUUCGUCUUCGGCGUUUGCCGCUUCCGCAGUGGUGCAUUCUCAGGGUAGGCAGCAGUCGGGUUUCACCGGUGUUCUUCCUCAAAGAAAACUACCGAGAGCAGUGUUGACGGACAAGUGCGAUGAUGUCUCCGCGAGAACCUCAUCUUGUCGGUUUUUCGCGCAUGACGCAGGAUCGCUUUUCUCUUUCAGGUCACCUAGGGAGGAGGCUUUCAAGGCUUCGGGGGGCGGACAGACAGGCCGCCUGAUGCUGAAAGGAGAUGGCGAUGCCGUUAUCCACAUGUCUCCAGCGGCGGUCAAGCGACUUACCGAGAUUUGGGCUAAACGAAGAGAAACGGAAGCGCUGGCAGACGCCGCUGCCUCUCAAACCGGCAGUGCGGCAGGUAGAAUGGGUGCUAUAGAGUGUGACUCUCCAGUUUCACAUGGUGUAUAUUCAGGUGCUAAUCGGGCGGCGAGUGUGGUGGGGGUUCCAGGGCAGCAAGAUGGAGGAUCCACCCCUCAGCAUGCGAAGGCGAAAAACGCCAUUUUUGACGCACAUGUGUCUCCUACACGGCAAUGUCAGCAACGAGCAGACAGAGGGGGACGAGGCAGCGGAGACGCCACCAUACCUCAGUCGGAGACAGCACAGCAGCAGACUGUGGAGGUUUCAAGCGCAGCCAAAGGUAGCACGCGUAGCAGUGGUGGAGCACCACGGCUGGGGCUUCUGGUUCGCGUCAUUAGCGGCGGAUGUUCAGGAUACCAAUACUGUUUCAACUUGGUUGGACGGAAAGAACUGCUCGAAUUUCGGCAAGCAGGCACACAUCUGUUCUUCCGGAUGGCAUCGCCACACGAAAGUCUGGCCAUCGAUGGAACAGGAGGACUCGAAACUGUUGAAGGCAGGGAUUCGUCGAACGAGUUGAGAGAGAAUGGUUGGUGCGUCGUUGUGGACAAGUGCAGUGUUCCUUUACUGGAAAAUUCUGUGGUAGAUUAUUCCGACACACUUGCUGCGUCUGAGUUUCGCAUCGUUAACAACGAACAAGCAGAGAAUGUUUGCAGCUGCGGCCACUCUUUCGCCAUAAAAGACGAUUUUUAGGAAACAGAAUGUCAAACAGGAGUCUCACGUGUGGUCGAGUUUUCUUCUGAACCUGUCCAGAUUUUUUCCGUUACCCGUGUCUGGAGUUUUCAAGGUAGCCGCGUGACAGGUGUGGUGACGGUUAUAUCCUUGUUCAGCUAUCGUGUUAGUACGUACUGUUAUCCUCAAGUUUAUCUCUGGAUUUCCUUACCCGUUUUACCCAAUACAACUGAAGAGGAACAUGUGGCCGAUAUCACCUCCUGUGCGAGAGGAUUGCUAUGAUACAUCCUCAACGCUAUUUGUCCACAGGCGUCAAGAGCAGUUCCCAUCGAUGCUCACCCGUGUGGACUCCAGCGUCGUGGUGCGUCGGCACCUGUGUAGAAAACUGCGUUCUACAGGGUCGAACUUUUGCCAAGCGGCAGCCCAUACUGAGUCUCCUGCUCUCUCUGUUUCUUUCGUCUGUGGCGUUGUCAUUUGCUGUCUCUGCUGCUGUUUGUCACCUGUAAGCUUGUUGAAGGAUGAGUCAUUGGGCAUUCGGAGAGGCUACAUACUUUCAGAUCCAUUACAUGGGAUUCUACCAUUGAAUGAGGUGAAUCUGUUAACGGAAACGGUGACUAUGGCAGACAUAACCUCUUACAUCUAAGAUUAGGCGAACGCCCACCGGACAAAAGCUUCACCGUUUGUCGGUUGCCACGGACAGCCUCCUGCACUU